CGAUGAACCGAUAGCAGCUAUUUGUUUAUCGCAGCGCUGCAGCACCGCGACGAAACGAUCCUGGUGUCUUGGUGUGAAGAAGCAGAGAGCUCCUUUACUGCACCAGGAUCAUGCAGCCCCAGCAGCAUUUAAAGGAGCGAGGGCUUCUGGGAAAACUCUGUCCUGGGGAGAAGAAGCUGGAGGGGAAGACCUUCUACCUGGACAAUGUGAAGAAACGGCCGACAGCCCUGCUUUUGGAGGCCAUAUCACUUCUAGGAGGGAGAGUCGAAAGUUUCCUGCACAAGGAUGUAAGCUUCGUUGUGACUGGAAACCAAGAGGGCCUGAAGGAGGAGAAGUGUGCGGGUACCAAGGGAGAAGCAAAGGGGAACAGUGAAGAAACCAAACAGCCGAUUAAGCAGAAGGAGAGUGGCCUCAGCAAUGACAAACAGCGACCAGGAACCUCUAGACCAAUGGCUUGUGGCAGCCGAGGGAAGGCUCUGCUUGAAAAGGCCAUUCGCAAUAAUGAGCGACUGCAGGGGAACAGUGUUCUGUCCAACGCUCGAUCGUGGGGAGUGAAGAUUUUGUACGUGGACGAUGUCCUCUUUUAUCUCAAACAGCUGUCUCGAGAGAGCUUCAGUGCUAAACAUAAGAGGCUAGAGAAGGCUAACAGCAAGCAAGGUUCACCAGCUGUCAAAGCUGCAGCUCUGAGGUCUCCUUAUCUUAAAAUCGAAGACUCGAGCAGGAAAUACAAGCCUUUGCAUAUGCAGUCAAUGACGUUCCCUUCUCUGUGCUACUUGGGCCGAUUCAGUCCCUUUGAAUCUCCUCCUCCUCCUCGGUUUGAUAAACGGGCAGAGCAAGGAGAAAGUAAACCAAGGAAAAAGAAAGUUGAAAGCAGCACCCAGGACAAAUCCCAAACCCCGCUCAGUUGUAACCCUUCACCUUGGCGGCCACGCAAAAAGGACCUGUCUUACUGCGAAUGCUGUCAUCAGCCUUUCACUAAUCUGGACGAGCACUUACAGUCAGACCAGCACCGCGCCUUUGUGUUGGAUCCCUCCAACUACAGCACAGUGGAUCAACUAGUGGCCGAAAUGUCUCCGGAAUUCAACCCCAAUCCGCCUCAGGAAUCGGAAGAAAUGCUGAACAGACCACCAACUCCUUUGCCUGUCCAUGAUGUUUGCGAACUGGAGCCUCUUACUGAUGCUGAGACGGAGCACGCUGUUCAGGCCCUGCAGAGACAAGAUUCAGCAUUCAAUACUCACAUUUCCAGCCCUACUAGAGGUCCUCUCUCCUUUGGCCCUGCCAGUCCUUCACCAGGAGUUCAGCUUACCAUCCCAAAUCCAGCAACUCUACCUGCUGACACUCGGUCUUUCAAUCCUGAGACAGACUGCCAGUUCCCUGAUAUCCAACCAUCAAGCCCAGCCAUGCCUGUGCUGAAUGUUGAACCACAAACCCAGGACUUACCAAACUUACAGCCUGAAGCUCAGCUUAUCUCCCCCUGCCUUAGUGCUCCUUGUUGCCUCCCUGACCCGUACACUCUGCCUCCGGUCCUCAGCCCACAAGUCCCCUAUUGUUCCUACAGUAUGGAUGUACAAAAUCCUUACUCAGAGCCCCCUGUCCUCAGUCCUCAACAGUACACCGCAGAGGAGACUGUGGAAGGACAAACUUGUGAAAUGAACACUGCAGAGACUGUGUCCAAAUUUGUCUCAGCUGUCACAGAUCCUCUCUCCAGCCCACUUCCCAUCUCUGUGUCUGUGACCAAUGCAGAGGGAGCGAAGGAAUCAAACCAAGAAGCUCUUGUUGGACUCAGUGAACUCAGAUGUUCUAAACGAGGUCUGCAACGUGCCGCGCUGUCGUCAUGUAGAUCUCGUUCCCUCCCUCGACAGUCAACUGCGGCACCAAACCCCAAAAAGCGCUGUCGAUCCGCCAGCCCUGAGCAGAGCUGCAGCAAAAGGAGGAGGACAGUAGCAUUUAGGUGCAGUCGUAGCCCAACUGGACAAGGGCUUAAAUCUGCACAACCACAAAGUGACAAUAUGGCAACGACCGAAGACUGUUUAUUAUUUGACAAGGCCUCUUAUCAGAUAAGACAGCCUUGUCCUAAUUUAAAUGACUCUUCGACAUUUAAUACAAGCACGGUGGAUAUGCUUGGUUUGAAACAGACUCACACCACCUUUUGUUUUCCUACUGUACAGAAUUUCACUCAGGCACCAAACACAAUUGACUCCGUUCCCGAUCAGUCGUCAUGCCUGCUGUCCUCAAAAGCGAGGGUCUUUGAUCCUCCACAGGACUUUCCCAGCGUUAAACCUCACCGUGCGUUUUCCAGUCAAGACUCUCAGCGUUCGCAAUCGCACUCUACCUCGGUCUCCAUCGAGUCAGCCCUCAUCCCAGACAUGGCCACGCUGUGUCCGUCAUCAUCAGAGUCUGACUGGGACUGCGACCUGCUGUCACGGCUGGGUCCGACCACAGCUACGCCCCUGACGCCCGCCGAGCACAACUGUGAGCUCGACAAAGAACUGCUCCACAGGCCGUGUCCCUGGAUGCACGACACCAGCUACGAGUCGCAUCUGCACACCGUCCUUCAGCCGUCAACACCAUCCGCCUCAUUGUGCGGGGACGAAAGGGACCCUGCAGCAUUUUCAAGGACUGUGGUACAGAUUGUUGAGGUUCAGCACUGAUAAUUGUCCUGACUGUUUUUUUUUUUUUUUUUAAGAACUGGAAGAACCUCUACAUUAAAGAUGCACUUGGAGUAGCAAGUCUUUGACUUUGCAGCUGCGUAUCCUGCUGCGAGACAAUGAGCAGCACUUAAGCUCAUCAGGUCAACUGUACACUGAAAUAAUAUUUAAAACUUUGAAGUGACUAAAAUGUAAUAUAUAUAUAUAUAGCUGUUUGUAGACAUGCUAGUUUUUAAUUGUACUUUUUAAUGGACUAGAUGCUCAUUAAUAGAUACUGCAUUUUCCCAUGAAUUUAGAAUGUGUCCACAAUCAUUUUACCUCUCAACCUCUAAUUCUCCUUGUGCACAGACCCCUAAGAAAAAUUCUGUACGUCGGUGCUGACUAGUCAUUCAGCAGCCAUGUCCGGGAACACAGGGUGGUACUGAGAAUUUAAUGAGGCUUUCUGAAAGGGGGCAUUACUCAAUUACUGUAAGUGCUGCGCCUGGAUCGGAUCUCACAUGUGCCGAUGUUGAUGGUCAAACAGGCGAGGGGUUCGCAGAGUGGACGACUGACAACCUGUGAGACGCUCUGUCUGAUUAAUGUCAUACAGCUUUUCCUGCUUUUUGAAGGUGAGCCAAAGGACUCGCUUUGUCAAGGAGAUGCGAGUGCUUCACAGCAGUGUGCUGCAACUCCAGAGAGGUUUAUUAUCUUUACUUGACAGUCUGAGGUCACCUACCAUUAAAGCUCCUUAUUGCUGAUCAACUCAUCUCCUUUAAAACAUGUUACAUGGACAUUUAAAAUAUGAAUGCAGCAAAUGGAAACGCCACAUGAUGUCACUUUGUGGACGAGUAGCAAUUCUUUGAAAGGAAAAUGUGAAGAUUGUACAGUGUUUAAAUAAAUGUUUUUAACCUUA